AUGUCUUUCUUUUCUACUCUCCGUCGAUCCUCUGCCUUCAUCCAACGCUUCCGAAUCUCAACUCCACCAUCCUUACUGAAUUCCAACUCACCGCGAUAUCCAAACUGGAUUUCAGCCUUUGCUCUUGCCUCUUCUUUAUCUCUUCUUUAUUACUUCUCCAAACACAAUUCAUAUUUCGACUCUCAUUUCUUAAACAAUGCUUUUACAAAAUCAUCACAUCCUGAGAGUUCCAAUGAUAAUCACUUUCUCUUUGGAGAUGCGUACAGAAGUAAAGUUUUCUUCAACUAUGAGAAGCGCAUAAGGUUGCAUAGUCCACCCGAGAAGGUUUUCGAAUACUUUGCAUCUUCUCGUACACCAGAAGGGGAAGUUCAUAUGAAUCCUGCAGAUUUAAUGCGUGCAGUUGUUCCUGUUUUCCCUCCAUCUGAAUCAAAUCUCGUUAGAGAUGGAUCUUUGAAAGGUGAAAGAAGUCCCGGACAUUUGUUAUGUCCCCCUUCGGAAUUCUUUAUGCUUUUCGAUGUAAAUGGUGAUGGUCUUGUAUCAUUCAGGGAGUAUUUGUUCUUGGUAACACUGCUUAGCAUCCCAGAAUCAAGCUUUUCUGCAGUAUUCAAAAUGUUUGACAUGGAUAAUGAUGGGGAGAUAGAUAAAGAAGAAUUCAAAAGAGUAAUGGCAUCGAUGCGAUCUCAUAGCAAGCAUGGUGUUCAUCGAAGGGAUCUAGAGGCCGAUGCCUCCGUAGAAAAUGGAAAGAUGGUGGAGUACUUAUUUGGUAAAGAAGGAAAAGGUCGCCUCAGACAUGAUAAAUUUGUGCAGUUUAUAAGAGAUUUGCAUGAAGAAAUUUUGAGGUUGGAGUUUGUUCAUUAUGACUUCAAAUCGCAAAAAACCAUAUCAGCAAAAGAUUUUGCACACUCCAUAGUUGCUUCUGCAGACGUGAGUCAUCUGAACAAGUUACUCGAAAGGGUUGAAGAAAUGAACAAUAAUCCUCAGUUCAAAAAUGUACGCAUCACAUUUGAGGAGUUCAAAAACCUUGCAGAUCUGCGGAAAAAAUUAGUACCACUUUCAUUGGCUCUUUUCAGUUUUGCAAAAGUAAAUGGCCUUUUAACAAGAGACGAUUUUCGGCAUGCUGCAUCAAGUGUUUGCGGUUUAGCUCUUUCUGACAAUGUGGUUGAGAUUGUUUUUCAUUUGUUUGACACAAGUGGGGAUGGAAAUCUAAGUUCAAAUGAGUUUAUUAGAGUGCUGCACAAAAGAGAGGGAGAUAUUGGUGGACAUGUGGAGACAGGAAUCAUAGGUUUCUUAUCAUGUUGCUGGAACUGUAUGGACAAAUCUCCAGGUUCACAGUCAUUUUCCUGA